AGUUGACAUUUGACAUUAACAGUCAACAGUGACCAGUGACAUUUCUCUUCACGUCAAUUUGCAAAGAUGUCCACUCACAGGAAGAAGACUAGGAAGCUGAGAGGGCACGUAUCCCACGGACAUGGUCGUAUUGGAAAACAUCGCAAGCAUCCUGGUGGUAGAGGAAAUGCUGGUGGCAUGCACCAUCACCGAAUAAACUUUGACAAAUACCAUCCAGGUUAUUUUGGUAAGUUGGGUAUGAGAAAUUAUCAUGUCCGAAGAAAUAGCAAAUGGUCACCAGCUAUAAAUCUAGAUAAACUAUGGACACUUGUCAGUGAACAGACAAGAGAGAGGUAUAAGAACCACCCUGACGGAAAAGCUCCAGUAAUAGACAUUGUCAAAGCUGGAUAUUAUAAACUUUUGGGCAAAGGGCGACUUCCUCAACAACCAGUUAUUGUUAAAGCUAAAUUCUUCUCCAAAUCUGCAGAAGAUAAAAUUAAAGCUGUAGGAGGUGCUUGUGUUUUGUCUGCAUAGGUUUAAAUAAAUUUUUUAAAGUAA